UCAACGUAGAAGACAAUUUUAAUUUGAUCGAAGAAGAUAUUAAUCUAUUUAAGUUUGAUUUUUUUCUCAUCCUCUCUACCACCCCUUUCGAUCGACGAAUUCUACACAUUUUUUAGAUAUUGUUGUUCGAUUUACAUUUAAAAAAAAAAAAACGAAAGAAAACACACAUAUACACGCACGCAAACGAAAAGAGAAACAGUUGUUGAUCGAUUUAAAAAAAAAGAAAAAGAAAAGAAAUAAAGUUAUAAUUAUCUUUCAACUUUUCGUGAUAUCAAAUAAGGAGGAAACAAGGGUGACGACGAGUGUGGUACUAUAAUAUUAUAUAAAUAGUGUGAUACGAAAUAACGGAUGGAUCGUUAAACGAUUAGUGAUAUGAACGUGAUAUUAAGCGAAAGUGUUGUUUGAAAUAUGAACGAUCGUCAGUGAUCAUCUGCCAGUGUCACGGAAAGGCGUUCGCGCGUUUCUGUGUGGUUGUAUGUGCUAUUACGAAGGUGGGGUGGUGUGGAUAAUUGCAAUACGAGAGCGAUACACACGAUGAUGAUAAGUGUCGCGAAAUACCGAGCCGCGCGUCGUCCUUCCCUUUUCGUUUCGCUGCUUUUCGUCGUGUUCGCCGGCACCGUAACCGGUAAGAAAAAGAAGAAGAAAAAGAAGAAGAAACUAAAAAGUGUUCGUGGAUUGACAAAUGUGUCAGUCGAUAUACCAGUUGCAGUAGCAGCUGGGACAACGGUCAACAUGAGUUGCAGGUACGAUCUGGAAACGGACUCUCUUUAUGCAGUUAAAUGGUACAACAAAGCACACGAAUUUUUUCAAUACGUUCCGAAAGAGGAACCACCGAUACAAGUUUUUGGAGAUCUCGGUGCCAAAGUUGUGACUAAUCAGAGCAACGCCAAAUACGUAACCCUGAAGGAUGUUCAACCAAUUAAUUCAGGAAAAUAUCGUUGCGAGGUAUCUGAAGAUUUUCCAACAUUUAAUACCAUGUCGGAUUAUGUUUACAUGCAGGUAGCAAAUCUUCCUAAAGGUAAUCCGGAAGUGAUCACGGAAAAAACAAGAUACUCGGUAGGUGACACGGUCAGAGGCAAUUGUACCGUUCCAGCAGGAAAUCCUCAAGCUAAUAUCACAUGGACGGUCAAUGGAAAUCAGGUAAACUCAUCUUUCGUAAUAAACAUCACGGACAAGUUCAUUGAUGAUCAUCACAUGGCUAUUGCUGGCUUGGACUUUGAGAUUGCUUCGAAUAUAUUUAUCAACGGCAAACUGCACGUCGUAUGUAACGCAAACGUCUUUCAUCUCUAUCAGAAGAAAGCCGAAACCAUCUUAAUGGAAGAACGACCGAUAUUGGCUUCCGUAUUGGGAACACGUGAAUCUUCUUACACCGGUAAUGCAGCAAGAAGCGUCGAGGAGUGGUUUUGCGCAAGUGUACUGGCCACCUUGUUGCUGUGCAACCUGAGAUAACAUCUGUGAACAUCGACUGGGAUUUAUGCAUACUACUGUGUCGAAGAGGAAGAAAAUAAAAUUGUUUGUAAAAUUUCGAGAAUAUUAACAUGAGGGAAAACGGAUAAAAAAAAAUAAAAAAUAAAAUAAAAUAAAAGAAAAAAAUAAAUAAAAAGAAAACGAAUCAGAGAACAGAACAGGGGGUGAUGGAAGGGAGAAAUAAAAAAAGAGAGAGAGAGAGAGAGAGAAAAGUUUUUCGUUAAAAUAAGUAUCGAACGUAUGUUAUUCGUGUAAAUAGGAUAAAAAAAAUUUAGUAAAAUAUCUACGUGUAUGCGACAUGCGUCAUUUCAUCUUCCUGAUGAGAAGACUUUGUAAUCCUAAUAAAUAUGUCGUAUUAUAAUAUAUUAGGAUCGACGAUAACGUCGCGCUAAAAAAAAAAAAAAAAAUAUCGAACAAUUAUUUCGAACACAUUAUAUAAUGUUUUUUAUCCUCCGACAAUGAUUUUGAUACCUCCUCUGUACCGUUGUACCCAAUACAAUGUGACUUAUCACGUUUGUAGGGCAAAAACUGUUAUCGUUCAUAAACGAGGUUUUAUUUCAAUGGAAAAUGAAUAAAUGAUUCACCUUCGUUAAAUCGACGUUUUAUCUUUCCUGUGCAAUACCCAAAUUUUCCAUACAUGUAUGUAU